UGUCUCACAGAGGGCGUCUGAGUCAGUGAACUCACGUCAAUGUGAAAUGAACACAACGUUCUGAAGUAACCAGGGAUGUUUUAUUUGGAUGACUCAAAAGACACAUUUCUGUAGUGUUCCCUACGUUUCAGAUCCAAAGGAACUUUCUUCAAUAUCUGUGACUGUCAUUUAAAUCGUCACCAUGGGUGAUGUGAUUUCUAGCAACCUGGACGAAGGCAAACGGGAGAUGAUUACAGGCCGCACCAGCGCUGUGAUGUCAGAGUUUGGGAGGUUUUAUGAGCAGCAGUACGCUGUGGCUUUGUUCAACAGCGUACGCUAUGAGCUCGAAGGAGGAGGGAAUACCCAGACACAACUGCUACAUAGAAAGGACCCCCUGAAGAACAAGUCCAUCUUCUCUGGAGGUUUGUUUCAGUAUCUGGAAGAGAGCAAGAAAUGGAGGAGCCGCUUUUUGUAUGUUGGCGACUCCUACAACAUCAGCUUGUAUGAGAGCAAAGCGGCACAUGACCGAGGGCUCCACUCCAAAGGGGUCAUUAACUGUGCCGGGUACAGAGCUCUGACCUCUAUGGAGGAAUACUUGGGGCUUCUCAACAAUAGCCUAAGUGAUACAAAGGCCAAAGCGACCAGUGCCCCAUUUCUGAAAUGUCCCACACAGUUUCCCCUCAUCCUGUGGCAUCCAUACGCCCGCCAUCACUACUUCUGUGUCAUGACGGAGAAAGAACAGAAGAAGUGGCACGCCGUCUUCCAGGACUGUGUGAGACACAGCAAUAACGGAUUGUCGGAAGAUUGCAAGGUAGCGACACCAGCAUUCACUGAUGCCCUGCGGCUCUACAGACAGGCCAAGGGUCACUAUGGCACCUGGGACAUGAUGUGUGGAAACCAAGCGCAGAUUCUUGCUAACCUGGUGAUGGAGACUUUGCACCCUGAACUAAAGAAUCUGAUCGUGCCUCGGCUGAAAGGAAAACUACAACAGAGACAGAAGGACUGGAUGCUGAUCUCCGAUGCAGUAUACAGACAGGUGCUGUCACAGACAAAAACUCAACACGAAGCUCUGGCUCAAGUAUGUGAGGUGGAGCGCCCUCCUCUGGACUCGGCUCUGCGCACAAAUAUGGAUCAGAUCAUCACGUCCAAAGAGCACGUUUCUGGAAAGAUCCGUGCGUUUGUGUUGCCUCAUGUCGAACAGCUUGUGAGAAGCAAGGUUCAGCCCUACAUCCACUCCAUCCUGGAGGCCCUCAUGGAGCCCACCAGCAGAGGAUUCUCUGAAGUGAGGGACAUCCUCUUCCGUGAGCUGGUGGAGGUCAGCAAGAACACAAUGAACGAAAGCAGCAGUGAGAAAGUGGGAGAGCAUAUGGAAAAGAUUUCCAUGUUGGCCUUCCAUCCGGUGAAGAUGCAGAGCUGUUAUGAGAAGAUGGAGGCAUUGAACCUUGAAGGCCUCCAGCAGAGAUGUGACGUGUCCAGUCCUUCUGUGUUCAUCCAGAGAGCUCAGAUCCUCAUGAGACAGCAAAUGGACAACGCGGUAUACACAUUUGAGCAGCUGGUCCAUCAGAGUCUAGACGGCCACAGUGGGGAGGAUUUCUGCAAGACCAUCCAGCGCUGUCAGGACCGAGUACUCAAAAAAUAUGACUAUGACAGCAGCACAGUGCGGAAGAAGUUUUUCAGGGAGGCGUUGCUUCAGAUCAUCAUACCGUACAUGCUGAAACAGCUCGCCCCAUCCUGUUCACGGGAUCUGCCCAAGUUCAGGGAGCUCAUCUUUGAGGACUUCUCUAGAUUCAUCCUAGUAGAGAACAUCUUUGAGGAAGUGGUCCUGCAGUCAGUCAGCAAGGACAUCAUGAUGGCUGUGAAGGAAGCUGCGGUCCAGCGAAGGCACAACCUGUACAGAGACAGCAUGGUCCUGACCAACAGCGACCCCAAUCUGCACCUGCUGGGAGAGGACACCAUCGACUGGGCUAACCAGUUCGGAGGAGUAAAAGGAGAGAGGCAAGGAGGCGAAGCGGCCAACAGGAAACGCAAACAGAUCGUCUCCAUGAUCCAACUGGACGGGAUGCCUCUGUUAUACGAGUCCUGCCAGGAAGUACCAGGAGUGGAAGGCAUCCCAGAGGAGAACGAAGGGCAGACGGAACAAGAUCUUGAAACAGAAAAGCCUGUGAACCCAAUACAGCAUGUCCCCUUCGAGAAAGAACCAGGUUCUCCUGACAGCAUCAAUGAGAUUCGAGACCUUAUAAACCCAGUGCUGGAAGUCGUUGAAAAAGACGGCUCACAGUUGACCAAUGGGAUGUUGCCUUUGGAAGAAGGCGAUGAGGUGAAGCAAAUCAUAAUGGUAACCGAGAUUGUGCCAAGGGAGUCACCAAUAAAGGUUGACGAAGAAUUGGAUACCGCCCAGAUCAAACGGUCUUUAGAAGAGGAGCAGUGUGUAUCCGCCAUCGAAAGCGCCAUUCAACAGAUCGAGAUCGCCAUCCAGGAAGACCCCAGCGAGAACCUAAGCGAAGGCGCCAUCGACUCUGAUGGGGAAUUCGCUCAAACCUCUACCAACUCCAGCCCUCUUCAUCACGAUGACAGUGGAUUUCAGUCUCCAGCCAAUGAGAAUGUAGAAGAAGUGGAGCCUCAGCCAAUCACAGACGAGGUGGUGGACACCGAGCAAGUGAUGUUAACUCUGGUGGAGGGAGUAAAGAGUAGCAUUGAUUUAGACGCCGAAGCUCCUAGUGAUGCUUCAGAAAAGAAAUCUGAAGAGAUCAAACAUUUUCUAAACUGAAAGUGUUUGACACACUUUUGUUUGCUUUCCAUCAGAAACACUUUACAGUUGAUAUUGUAGCCAAUUUGUUUUUAAUUUAAUUUAAUUUUAAUUAGAUACAUUUUCUGUUUUUCCAGUUAAUUUUGUGGAUGUUUAUCAAGGAGAAUUUUUUAUGUAUAUAUAUAUAUAGAGAGAGAGAGAAUAUCCUCAUAGGCUAUAUACACAAUUAUAUGGCCUUCUGUGGCUUUUUUAAAUUUUUUAUGUAACUCAUGACUCCCACACCAAUUAUAAUGUGGCAGAGGUUUCAUAAACUAACUGUCGUUAUCUAGGACCGUUCCAUUUCCUGUUCCUGUGCUCACUUGUUAGACUGUGGUUUGGUUGCGGGUUGCGUAAACCAGCAUGCUUUAACCUUUUGACAUCAGCGAGGAGGUUAGUAUUAUAACUAAUGCAAAUAUAUGGACUUGACCUGAAUGUACUUAUAUGUACAGUGAGGUGGCUUGGCACAUUACAAUAUAUCUCAAAAGUUCAGUGAUAUUUCAUAGGGGCCAUCUGAAUUAUUUUUUUUUUCUUCUUUUAAUUGUGGAAUAUAUUUAAACACUAAUUGUACAUUUAUUAAUGCAGAGUAAUUAAGCACUUAAUAACUGCAAAUGCAUUCAGAGGAAUUAAAGCUUGCUUUGUAAUGCUG